GCUAACCGUCGCGACGGAUUGUUAUCGCAUUAUCGCAAUGACAAAAAUAGAAAUUUCCAACAGUCAGACUUUGAUAAACAUUAUUAAUGUUCCGAUUGGCCCAAACUCCGAUUGCCGUGAUGACCGUUUCGUUUUUCGUAUAGCGUCACUAGCGUUGUUUACUGUACAGUUACAAAUACAGUACACAGAAUUUACACAAAGUAACGUACAGACAACUGAAGAUUUCUAUAGAAUAAAUGCUUACUAUGUAAUUCUUGACACACUAAUUACAAAGUUAAAAGAAAGAUUUUCGAAUGAUAGUUUACAAAUGGGCGUAUCUGUUGAUAAUUUUUUUCAACUAAAAUUUGAAGAAAGUCAAUUUUUUAUAGAUCAUUAUCAAGGGUUAUUGGAUUUAUCAAAAAUUAAUAUUCAGUCAGAGAUGACCGUGGCAAAAAACAGCAUCUUGCAAUCAGGAAAUGAAAUAAAUUAUGAAACAAUAAAAUAAAAUAUCUCUAAAACAGUGUUUCCUAACAUAUACAAACUAUUACAGGUGGCCAUAACAAUACCAAUCAGUUCGGCUACAUGUGAACGAAGCUUUUCUGCAAUGCGCAAAGUUAAAUGGCUACGCACGAGUAUGCUGCAAGAAAAAUUUAA